UUCGUGGUCCGUAGAUUAGUAACACUAAAGGCAGGUUAUCAACUAAGAUUGGGUUUCGCCUCAGUUUAAAAGUUACUCAUAAUUUUGCCGAUAAGUCAAGGUUAUACAAAAUUAAGAAACAAGGGACAAGGGAUUUUACGGUUGUCAAUGAAAACAACGUAACUUUUCUUAGCAAUAAACAGUAGCUUGAUGCAGAUCACUGCAUAGUAAAAUAGUUCAACCGUGAUUCUUACGAAGAAAACUACGAUGAAUAGGUAUAGAAUCCUCUGCCACUUGGUAAUACUGGGUGCACUUUUGACUUUAAGUGCCAAAGGUGCUCCGCAGCAAGACUUGAACGCGGAGAAAAACAUUCAAGAAAUAUUCAACACGAAUAUAGGAACACCAACAAACAAUUCGCCGCCUCUAACGCAGCCAUCUAGUGGAAUUGGAUUAGUAGUAACACCAGAACCAAUAGAUCCCUCAAGCCCACUGACGAAUUUUGAAUCUAUAAGCGGAAAAACGGUCACUUGCAACUGUGUUCCCUAUUAUAAAUGUGACCCGUCCACAAACAGUGUAACGGAGGACGAGUCGUUUGACGGAUUUGGUGUAAUCGAUAUCCGCUUUAACGACGACGAUCCAGUCUGCCCUUCUUCUGUUGACAUCUGUUGUGAUGGGAAUAGGACACGCUCUGAGACGCUGAACCCGACCCCGUUGGAUAAACGACCGAACCAAGUACGGGGCUGCGGCAUUCGCAACGUCGGUGGCUUGGACUUUACGCUCUCCGGUGUCACCCAGAAUGAAGCAGGUUUUGGCGAGUUUCCAUGGACAGUAGCUCUGCUGCAUGCAGGCAAUUUCAGCUAUUUCUGUGCCGGUUCACUGAUACACCCACAAGUAGUUCUGACUGCGGUGCACUGUGUCGAGACUCAUAGUCCGGGGAGCUUCAUGGUUCGAGCGGGUGAGUGGGACUCUCAAACAACCAAAGAGCGUCUUCCUUAUCAGGACAGAGCUGUGCAACGUAUUAUUACACACCCACAAUUCAAAAGUCGAAACAUAGCUAAUGAUUUUGCGCUUGUAAUUCUCGCUCAGUCGGUUACUUUGGAUGAUCACAUCAAUGUGGUCUGCUUGCCACGACAAGGUGAAACUGCCGCACCUUCCACUAUCUGUACUUCUACUGGCUGGGGCAAGGACGUAUUUGGAUCUCCGGGAAAGUACAGUGUAAUAAUGAAAAGUGUGCCGUUGCCUGUCGUGGACUUUAACACGUGCCAAACACGGCUGCGGAACACGCGACUUGGCCCAAAGUUUGCCUUGGAUAAGUCAUUUAUGUGUGCCGGCGGUCAGCGCGGCGUAGACACUUGCCAAGGCGAUGGUGGUGCACCACUUGCCUGCCCCAUUGGUCUUGCCUCAGAGAAUCGUUAUCAACAGAGCGGUAUUGUUGCUUGGGGAAUUGGCUGCAACGAUGAGGUGCCAGCGGCAUAUGCUAACGUGGCAUUGGCACGAGAUUGGAUUGAUCAGCAAAUGUUAGCCAAUGGUUUUGGAACAUCGGUGUACACCGUAUGAUAAUUUUCUGAAGUUAAACUUUUCAGUUCAAUUUUAUAGUCGCCUGUUUCUUUGAAAAAUGAAAUUAAAUUAAAUGAUCAAAUUAUAA